AUGCUCGCCAGGUCUGGGUUGGUUGGCGAUAAGCAGGGGAAGGGUGGAGUUGGGCUGAGAGAGAGAGAGAAGGGUGGUGGUGGUAGGGUUGGGUUGGAUGCGAGAGGGCUUAAGUCGGAGGAGGAAGGAUGGGGUUGGCUGGGUGGGGGGAUGAUGGGAGGUCGAUUUGACAGGGUGCACUUAGAUCAUAGAGUGUACUCAGUUAAUUUUAGGGUUCGUUUAGCAACACUCUUAGAGAUUUAA